GUCUGAGAGGACUACAAGUUCCAUCAGCCGGCGCAGCUCAGGCUUGCUGGCAGUAAUAGAAGAAUCUGCCGGCUCCGCUGAGCGCCGGGAAUCUGAGUUGCUACCAUGUCCGGGAAGGUGAAGGUCCGAGCGGCCGCCAAUGCUGAUGCCAUGGCUGGGGCUAUGUCUGUCAAUGAGCGGAUCCUGAGAGACUGUCACAGUCUGUACACCGACCCGGAGACUGGUCUCAUUGCCCUGGCCUCUCACCUGGGCCUCACCUUCCUACCUCCCCGCAAGAAGAUCACGGUUAUGCUGAUGGGGAAUCACUCUGCCGGGAAGAGUAGUUUCAUUAAUUGGUACAUAGAGGAGCACAUACAGAGGACGGGGGUUGCCAUUGAGACACAGGGAUUCGCUUUCAUUACCAGCGGCCGCAAGCGAGAGUCCCUUACUGGAGAUGCCACCCUUCACUUAUACCCUCACUUCAAACCCCUCCAAUCCUUCCAAGGUGUGUCUGAAUACCUGUGCACAGAGAUCUCCACCUCUCGGCAGAAGAAGUUCAGCUUGGUGACCUUUGUGGACACGCCAGGGCUGGUAGACGGCGACAUGAAAUACCCGUUUGAUGUGAACCGAGCUCUCCUGUGGCUGGGGGAGCUGUGCGACUUGGUGCUGGUUUUCUUUGAUCCGAUGGGCCAGGCGCUCUGCAAACGUACACUGGACAUCGUGGAGAAGGUCAACGAAAAUCACGGGGACAAACUGCGCUUCUUCCUGAGCAAAGCGGAUGAGGCCGGAGGGGAGAGCGACCGGCAGAGGGUCCUGAUGCAGAUCGUCCAAGAGCUCUGUAAGAGGCCCGGAUUGAACAAAUGCGGCUUUGACAUGCCGACCAUCUACGUCCCCAACCCCAACAAGCCAAGCCGCUGUAUUAAUCAGAUCGAGGACGUGUGUAAGACCAUUGAGAAAACCAUCACUCAGACAGUCCAGAACACGCUCAACACUCUGGGGAGAGACUCCCAGAAACUGACUGAGACCAUUGAGACCAGACUGCGGGAAGAUGAGGAGACCGUAUGGAGAAACCGACGCGCCCGUGUUAAAGGCUGCCUCUUCGGCUUGUCUGGUUUCCUGCUUCCCGUCUUCCUCUUCGCCUCCGCCCUGUUUGGUUCCAUCUCCCAUGAGAUCUGGACCAGUGUCCUGGGAAAGUCAGGAGUGGAGACCCUGGAGAUCUAUCUGACGCCUCUCCUUACGCUGUGGUCGCUGGUCCCGGAAGACUAUGUGGGUUACACCUUCCUGGCCCUGGCGCUGCUGGCUGUGUUACUCAUGCUUCUGGCACAGAAAUGUUUCAGGACACACGAGACUCUGAGCAAGAAGCAGCGGCGAUACCUGCUGGACCGCCAUGCGUACAUUGGCGAUGUCGUGGCGCAGAGACAGAAAAAGCUGUAUGAGGAUUACCUGCGGCAGAGCGUGGGAGACCAUGACAUGAGCUGACACCGCCUGUCUCCAUUUACCCUGCAGUGACUGUAACCUCCGGCCGGGCACGGCUGACCAGAAGCUCAACCUAUGGACACUACGGCACUCCUCCACCCUCCAGGGGUGGCAUUCAUCCCCCGUACCCUGUUUUUAUAACCCCCUCCCCUGGUAUUCUGCUGUUACGUUUACUCCACACGUCGGUGGCAGCUGUUUGGCCAACUAGGGCUUGACUUAACCAUUAUUUCACCCACAAAGGGCUACUAGUCACCAUGCACCUGUUGUAUUUUCACCAGCAACCAACUACUGAUUCUUUUAUUGUUACCCCCAAAGGAUGUGCUUGUACUUCUCACCCAUAGAGCGGGUGUGUUUUGGAGCCCACUCUCCAGCACAACAUUUGGACUGCUUUGGUCAAUUUGCAUAUUUCUGGAGGGGGCGGAGCUUCCCAGGCAACUGCUCCGUAGGAUGCAUUAAGCAGUCCUGCCGUUAUCAGACCUCAAACAAAUGCGUCCUGUGCGCUGUAAUAACUGGAUAAUGCAUCUUGUCUUCUUAGAAAACAAAGGGAUAUUUUUCUAUAAAAGGACCACGCUGUUUGUUCUUCAGUGAGGGGGGAGAGGGACUGUACAUAUACCUCCUGUAGUGCCUUCCUCAUGGUAACCGAGAUUAACAUGUAAUUAACACUGCCAGUAUUGUGUGAAGGGGUGCUCCCACUACGCCCCAUCUUUCUAUUGAAAAUAAUAUUCCAGCAGCCCCGUAAUGUGAUCAUAAUCAUGUUCUGCUUUUGUACAAAAACAAUAAGUUAUUUUCA